CUUAACUUUGGAUCUAUCUGCUGCAAACAAGUCUUAAGAUGGAUUUGGAAGCAACGUCCAGCUCUUAUGACUACUAUGACUAUGAUGAGGAAGAGAACGCCACCAUGUGUGACUACUCCGAAUGGACUCCCUCCUACUCAGUCAUCCCUGUGCUGUACAUGCUCAUCUUCAUCCUAGGCCUCUCUGGGAAUGGAGUAGUCAUCUUCACCGUGUGGCGAGCCCAGGGCAAACGGCGUGCUGCUGAUGUCUAUAUUGGGAAUCUGGCACUGGCUGACCUCACCUUCGUGGUCACCCUUCCGCUGUGGGCCGUCUACACUGCCAUGGGCUACCACUGGCCCUUUGGAGUAGCCCUGUGUAAGAUCAGCAGCUAUGUGGUACUCCUUAACAUGUACGCUAGCGUCUUCUGCCUCACCUGCAUGAGUUUCGACCGCUACCUUGCCAUCGUGCACUCGCUGUCCACUACUCAGCUUCACACCCGAGGUCAUGUGCGCUCCUCUCUCAAAGCCAUAUGGCUCCUCUCUGGCCUCCUCGCUGCUCCCACUCUGGUGUUCCGCACUACCAAGUUCGACCACACCAGUAACAAGACCUCCUGUGGCAUGGACUUCAGCCAGGUGAUCUCGUCUAAGGGGCAGGAAAACCUGUGGGUGGCUGGACUCAGCAUCUCAUCCUCUGCCCUGGGCUUUCUACUACCAUUCUUGGCUAUGAUGGUCUGCUACUGCUUCAUUGGAUGCACUGUUACACGCCACUUCAACACUCUCCGCAAGGAGGACCAGCGGAAACGUCGCCUCUUGAAGAUCAUCACAACUUUAGUGGUGGUUUUUGCUGCUUGCUGGAUGCCCUUCCAUGUCUUGAAGAGUGCAGACGCCCUGUCCUACCUGGAUUUGGCCCCUGCUACCUGCUCCUUCCUGCGGUUCCUCCUCCUGGCUCACCCCUACGCCACCUGCUUGGCCUAUGUCAACAGCUGCCUCAACCCUUUCCUCUAUGCCUUCUUUGACCUGCGCUUCAGAUCCCAGUGCCUCUGCCUACUCAACCUCAAGAAGUCCUUACAUGCUAGUCCAGCUGGUUCUCUGUCCUCUCAGAAGACUGAAGCCCAGUCUCUAGCAACUAAGGUGUGACCAAUACUUAGUCACAGAGAGACACUAGAGACAUAUGCAAAACAAUGCAGAACUUGCCCCUGAAGUCGUCUGCAGUUUCAGGGUAACAAGCACCCAGACAGGCUUGUGGUUUCAGAAUACGACCACAGAUGCCUCUCUGUUAUGUAGCAGGGAUGGGUUUGGAACAGAAAGGACCAAGCACAAAGCAAUCUUGAAAAGUGGACUAAGAAUUAUCAUAUAUUGUGUUUGUGGCCUUGACCUGCAACCUUUAUUUGUGAAAACCAAGCCACUGUGAGGAGAACGUGUGCAAUCACAGAUCUGGCUUUCAAUAGUAAGCACUUGAGGUGUUUGAUCUCCCGCCCGCUUUCUGGUUCUUGUGUCCACAGCUGGCAGCCUUUGACUGUGUGUUUGUGUGUGAGUGUAGGGUGUAGGAAGGGUGUGCCAGUCGACGAGAGGUGUUGGGGUCUGAUAAAAAGUGUUGUAAGCAAAGAUGGGGGUUCCAGGCAGACAGACAGAUGGCAGCUGACAAAUGGCUACAGGCUGCUACUGCUCAAGGCUCCAAUUAACAAUGUGACUAUUCUGACAGUUUGUGUGAGUGUGAAGGAAUGAAUGAGU